AUGAACGAAGUACCGAAGCUAUUGCGGCUGAAGUCAGUCGUUCACAAACAUUCCAAGACACUGUAUACCCUCCUAAUACGCUGCCAUGUCACUCCCGGAUCCCGUGGCUUUCAAGGCAUCAAACAAAUACACAACGAGCAGGUGUAUGUCCACGUUGGCUCGGAACCGAGGAAAGGCGAGGCCAAUACUGCUGUUGCCAGGGUUUUGUCUGAGGUGCUGGGCUUUCCUAAAUCAGACGUUAUCAUUGUGGGCAAACAAAGAGUCAAGAUUGGGCAGGUCACGGGAGUUGAUAUUGGAAAGUUGUCUGAGGAAGAGUAUAUCAGUAAGGUCAGACAGAAACUGGUAGAUGCAUGUUUCGGCAAACCGCAGGAGUGA